AUGCCAGGCUUCACCUCCUUCCUCCUCAGUCAAGGUCGCUUCUCCGCCGCUGUCCAAGAACCAACACCACCCCAUUCCGACGAGUCGGAAACGGAAGCCUCCAAGAAGUGCCGCCUACAUCAAGAGCGUAGGCGUGCUCGACAGCUCUCUCGUAUCUACGGCACUGUCAUGACGCGCAAGGAUAUCGAACACACUCUAGGCAUGUUGAAGCAACUCAAAUCCGACAUUGCUGCUCAAAUUGAGAGCUUCCAUGACAUGGGCGUUGCGUCUGAGAAGAAGCGUAAAGAGGCUAUAAGUGAAUUCUACACGCGUGGCCAGCUCAUCCUCGGGGAUGGUGUGAAGGUAAUAGGUCAGUUUGAAGAUGCUCAGGGGGCGGUGCAGAUUGUUUCUGAAGGGUUCAUGGAAUUGAGCCGAGCUAUGGUUGGUUGUGAGCAAGCGAAUGGGAAGGUUGAUGUCAUGGAUGUGGAGGGCAUUGUGACGAUUUAUCAACGGCAGAUCGAUAAGCCGCUGAGUGAUGUGAUUAAGGAGGUUGGGAAGACGCUGGGUAGGAAAGAAGGCUGGAGCGAUCCGAAGUAG